CCUCUUCCCCUCUUAUUUUCCCCUACCCCUAUUUUGUCGCCGGUUUUGGGGAUUUCGGACGCCCAAAUCGAAUCAGCGCGCGGUUCAAAUCAAUAAUUCCGAGGAGGCAUCAACGGAUUCCCGAUCGGAAAUCGUGACCCGGAGCACCGGAUCUACGGACCUAGGGUUUUUUCAUGGUUUCAUUCCCGCAAUUUUGGAUGUAAUUAGGUUGAGCAUUGGUUGUGGAAAUUAGGUCAUAUGAGAGAAGCUCUCCGUUUCCGGGGAUUUUAGGUUUGUUUCCCAUUUUUUCGGUUAAGGAGACGGUAGAUUUCUGUUUUUUUUUCGGAGAUGCAGGCGGAGAGAGUUAGAAGGAAUGGCAAUUCUUUCCAUUAUUCUGAGAGUUUGAUGUAUGGGUACGUAGCCCAUUCGAGAGAGUUUGAUAGCUCUGCGACGAUCCCAGUGUCCUCUUCGUCUCUGCCUUCUUCUUCCUCUUCUUCCCCGAUGGCUGUUAAGUAUAUCGAGCACCGUGUCUCGAAGAUGGAUACGCUUGCCGGUGUCGCCAUAAAGUAUGGUGUCGAGGUAGCAGACAUAAGAAGACUGAAUGGUUUGGUGACAGAUCUUCAGAUGUUUGCUCACAAAUCAUUACAAAUUCCUCUGCCAGGAAGGCAUCCCCCAUCUCCAAUUCUUUCAAAUGGUUCAGCCAAUAACGGUUAUUGCAGAGAACAGACACCUCUCCGUCAACCUCAUAUUGAUGUCUUAGAUUCAUUCCAAUCACUCAAGUUGAAACCCCCUCCAAGCAGAAUCUCCCCAGCCAUGAACAGUUUACAGGGUUACUAUGGCCUCACACCCCCUAAAAGGCGUCCAACACCUGAAGGCACGGAAAUGGCCGUCUACAAAGCGCGCAGGUCCCUUUGCUUGGAGGAUGAAUCUUUGUGCGAGUCACCGAUCUCGGACCCACUUCAUAGCUGGAAUAGGAAGUCUAGAAGCGUGGCAAAUGGAUUCUUAUCAGAAAAUGGGGAGACUGAGGACAAGAUUGUAGUAGAAGCUGUUGACAACAGUGAGGCUGAGAGAUCUAUCAGGAGGCGUCAAAAAGCUGAUGCCCAUCCAUCACAUCAAACACCAGAAUUAUUGUUGGAGAAUAGCAGUGGAGGAUUCUCAGGGAGGACAGCGAAAGGCCUAGCUCUGAGGCCAAAAUCAGGGAGCCGAACUGAUAUGGAUAUGGGUCGCCCAAAUGGUGUUCUUUUUGGAGACCCUCUCAUGGCUGAUGGGUUUUCUGCCGUCCGUAAAUCAUCCAGCACUUCCAAUUUGCAAGACCCUGAUAACUGCCCUAUAUGGCCAACGAGCAAGUGGACUUCGAAACCUGAUGGUCUUGCGAGGCCUCGUUUUGAUGGUUUGCCAAAGCCCAUAGCCGUUAGGAGGAAUAAAGCUGCUUUGGAUUAGUCACCAUUUUACAUGUUUCCUCAAUUUUUUGCUGCAUCUGAUGCAAUCUUUCGAUUCAUGGGAGCGAGUUCUUCUAUAUCAUGCCUUGAAUCAAUCAAGGUUUACACAGUAUAUUUGUUACUCUACAAGGGAAAGAAGAGGUAUAGGAAAUGAAAAUGUCAAUAAUGUUAUCUCCACCAGUUGCAAUUGGCUGAAAAGAUAGUCGCCAGGUUUGCUUGUUCCUUGUAUCACAACUGAAAGGCCGAACUUGAUGUUAGCUGUAAUUCUUUUUGGUCAUCUGAUCGCUAUUUAUAUGUAUUCGAAGGAAUUCUUUUGUAUAAAUGCAGAUGUUCUAUUCAUAGCAAGGAAAUCAAAUAUUGUAUUUUUUUCAUAUAAAGUUGAUAUAGACGUGCUUCAGUCGGCCUUUUCCGAUAUUAA